GCCCCGCACGGCUGCACCGCCUCGGAGCUUGUCAUUCUCCGCGGCGCGGCUGCGAGUGCUAGCUGCGGUGCCUGCUCGCCGGCUCGCUUCCCGGCGCGCCCCCGAUGUGACCGACUGCUUGGGAGCGGGCUGGCGGCGCUCCCGGCAGCGGAGCCUCGGCUUUUCCCCGGCUGUCUUUCUUGUAGAGCCGCAAUUCCCUCGGAGCCGGAGACACGCACCAGGGGCUCGGAGCGUCGCACUCCGGGGCGGGCGGCUGCUGCAGCGCUCGGAACCACGCGGACCCGUGUAGCUUUCGUCGUCGCCGCAGCCGCCAGGCGGUGCGCCCCGGCGAUUGCCGGGCUCCGGACAGCGCGGAGCCGAGGCGGCUGGUGCAGAACGGCAGCGCCUCGCCCCGCACCCGCCGCCGCCGCAGCCGGGGCAGUGCGGGGCCAGCGGGGCUCUGCGCAGCCGGAGAGCUGUCCCCCUUGAAGGCUCCCUGUCGCCUGCAUUCCACCAAGAAACGGCUGAAAGAAUUAUCACAGAGCUAGAAAAUGGUCACAUCUCACCAAGGAUGCCUGUGUCAGAUAUUAGUCAUCAUGGGAUUAGAGACGAAAACCCCGAGGUCAUUCUCUUAUUUCAACAGUUGAAUGCAACUUCAGAGCUGGGAGAGAGUGAUUGUGAGGCUGCUGUUCAAAGGAAGUUCAGUUAACCCUUGAAUAACGUGGAUUUGAACUGUGCAGGUUCACUUAUAUGUGGAUUUUUUCCAAUAGGGAAUACUAUAUAUAGCCAAGAAGGAAGAGAAAACAUUCAACACGACAACAUUUCAAAAGGAAUACAUUUUGCCAGCGUUUUGAAUACUUAUUUGGACAGACAUUUCUCCAAGUUGCGGCGAGUGGGGACUGCUCUUCGUUGUGGUGUGCAGGCUUCUCAUUGAGGUGACUUCUCGGAUUGUAGAGCACAGGAGGACGCUGCCCUCUGCCCCCAUGUCGCCACCUUGGAAGGACUAACUGACCCCAGCAGCCCGUGCCACUCCCCGCGCCCACCAUGGGAUCCGAGGGAAGCUUGCUGAUCGAGGGACAAACACAGAUCAUUCUCUUGGGGAGCCUGGCAUCUGUGGCCACCUUCUUCCUCAUCACCUUCCUCAUCUUUCUGUGUUCCAGUUGCGACAGAGAAAAGAAGCCAAGACCGCACAGCGGCGACCAUGAGAACCUGAUGAACGUGCCUUCUGACAAGGAGAUGUUCAGCCGCUCUGUCACCAGCCUGGCCACAGACGCGCCCCCCAGCAGCGAGCAGAACGGAGCUCUCACCAACGGAGACAUUCUUUCAGAAGACAGCACGGGGACCUGCAUGCAACAUUAUGAGGAAGUCCAGACCUCAGCUUCGGAUCUGCUGGACUCCCAGGACAGCACAGGGAAGCCAAAAUGUCAUCAAAGCCGAGAGUUGCCCAGAAUUCCCCCUGAGAGCUCAGUGGACACGAUGCACAAUGGCAGAAGUGCGGAUGGGGACCAGGGUCUGGGGAUGGAAGGACCCUAUGAAGUGCUCAAGGAUAGUUCCUCGCAAGAAAACAUGGUGGAAGACUGCUUGUAUGAAACCGUGAACGAAAUUAAGGAGGUGACGGCAGCUGCCCAGCCGAGUCGAGGCCACAGCGGUAGGUCGAAAUUGACUUCUGGUGUGAAAGAGCUUCCGGGGCCGCAGGCCAACAGCAGAACAGACUUUGCUGAGUAUGCCUCCGUGGACAGAAACAAAAAGUGUCGACAAAGUGUCAAUGCGGAGAUUCUUCUUGGAAAUUCGUGUGAUCCAGAAGAGGAGGCCCCGCCUCCUGUGCCUGUGAAACUCCUAGACGAAAAUGAAAACCUUCAGAAGGAAGAGAGUCAAGCAGGAGAAGAGGGAGCCGCGGAGGGGACCAGUGAAACCAACAAGAGACUUAGUUCAUUGUCAUACAAGUCCCGGGAAGAAGACCCAACUCUUACAGAAGAAGAGAUCUCGGCCAUGUAUUCAUCAGUGCAUAAAAAAGGACAGCCAGGGAACAAAUUAGGACAGUCACUUAAAGUACCCGAGGCCUCCUACACCUCCAUGCAAGGAGCUGCUCCGAGGUCCCCCUCUUCCUGUAACGAUCUCUAUGCCACCGUUAAAGACUUUGAGAAGAUGCCGAAUAGUGUCAGCACACUUCCAGCAGCAGGCAGGCCCAGCGAGGAGCCUGAGCCAGAUUACGAAGCAAUACAGACUCUAAACAGAGAGGAAGAGAAGGCUGCCUCAGAGACCAACAGUCACCAUGGCCUUUGCCCAAAGGAGAAUGAUUACGAGAGCAUCGGGGACUUGCAGCAGCAAUGCCGAGAUAUCACCAGGCUCUAGCAGCCUGGAAAGGACCCAGCUAGCCUAGGACCAGCCGGCAAAGCCAGGGCUGCUGCAGAAGACAAGAAGCGACGUCAGCCACGCUUCAUAUGCUGCUUUAGGAAAGGGAAGCCGAUCGGAGAUGCCAGGACUGCUUCUCAGUUUGGGGAGAAAUGAGGGAGGCCCCCUGCUGCCAGAGCCCUGGCAGACCCAGGCACGCCUGCGUCAAGCACCCACACCCUCUAGAAGGAUCCCGGCUGUCAGCCGUCUCACCCUCUUCAUGAAGAAAGCCACUCUGUGAGAAAGAAUGACAUUCAAAAACCACAGCUCACCUGCCUGAAACACUGCCAUUCACAGGAGCUGGGUUUCUCUCCCUCUCUCCUCUUCGCUGCCUGCUACUGAUAGUAAGAUGAAUGGCAUUUUUCUCUUUGACAUCUUCCGAUUUUUAAUGGCUCGUUCCAAGGAUUUUCUCCCACCAGGCUGGGCCUUUGCCUUCAAGUGGGUGUUUUCCGUUGCUGAGAAAUUGUGGUUGCUAUUUCCGGUCCGCUCCCCAGCCCCUUCAAAGAGCUGCACCUGGGAACCUGAGCCCCAACCAGUGGGGACGCCCCUUGGGUUUCCUAGCUCUUCAUUCCUUCUGAUUUGGGCACUCCAUGUCAGCAGCCUCUUCCAAAGUACUUGAAGUCAUUGUUAGAUGCUUUAUUUUAUUUUCAUAGUCAACAUGUUUUUUUUCCCCCCAGUGUUUGAAACUCUUCAGAGUCUUUUCAGUAUUUUCAAAGAAUAUCAUGGUACUUCUAUACUUGUUUUAGUCCAGCUCAUUCUUCCAAAACAGAGAGCCUUAAUCUCCACGUUGGGACACAGACCACGUGUUUGGGUGGCAGCCCCUGCAUCCAUCUCUUCCCAAGGGCUGUGGACUUGAAUGUGUAUUUCUGAUGAUCUCCGCUGCCACACUGACGGUGCAGGAGUUCAUACAUGAACUGCUCCCCUAAGGUAAUCUAUCUGAGAUUAAAAUAUAAACAUUUAUUUUUGUUAUAUAAAUUUAUAAGGUAUUUUAUGUUUAAUGCCUAAUUUCUAGAAAGUGCCAGAUAAAAUAUAUAUUAACUAUUUUGAUUUGAUGUACAAUGAUUUAUAUUCUCAUUUUGAAAAGACACCAUAAAGCACAUAAGCUUGUACCAGUAGUUGUUAUCUUUUUUCUAACCAAGUGUUUAAAACAUGGAAGGUUUUUAAAGACGUGACUUUUCAAAUGGUACUUGGAGCUCUUGGUCAAAAAUCAGCUGACUCAUUGGAGAAAUAAGUGGAAUAAACAUAAAUGAUCAUUUUCAAUGGUUUGUGGUAGGCAAUAGUGAAAUAUUUGAAAUGGUAAAAAUGGAAAGAGGAACAAGAUAUGACUAGGGAUGACUGAUGAUUAACCUUAUGAAAGUAUUAUGAUUCCAUUAAGGUUUUUAAAGAAAUAGGUGAUGAAUUCUGUAGCCUGGUGCUUGCAAAUGUAAAUUGCCUGUUGGGAUUUUUUUUUCCCCUUCAUUUUAUAAAAAUUAGUGGCUGAAAUAACUCAGAUUGAGAGCUCAGCCUGGUUUGAAUUUAAUCAUCUCUUUAGAUUUUAUAAGGCCGACAUUGGGAAACUUGUUCACUUUUCAUUUCAAAAGGAACCUGGUUGAAGUGCUAUUAUGUAGUGUAGGCUACAGAAAAGAAGCUUUUCCUACACUGUAAAGAAAAAAAGAACAGGCAAUUAUUCUGUACUGCUGUGACAUCUGCGACUUUUCAGAUUGAAUAAUCUUACUGUUUUCACUCAUUAGGACAAAGAAUGCAGUUGGGAGGAUGAAGCAUCUUGAAAAUUGUAGGGACCAGCUCCCGGGCAUGUUUUUUUCCAUUCCUUGCAUUCAUGGCUUGAUUUUGUGACUGCUCUGUAAUACGUUUCUGCAAUUGUAAAGUAGCUCAGUUGGGGUAAAUGGUUUGCUUGUUAUUUUCCAAUCAGCCUGGUCUCUCCCAUGAAGAUUUUAUGUGCAUAAAAGCACAAUCAUCAUUGAUCAAAAGAUCAUUGGAGAAUAACCUUGGAUCAGGGAGAAGUUUAUCAGAAAGGUGCAAGGCCCAUACUCUCUGAAUUCAUCUCCUUUGUAAGCACUGGUUUGCCCGAUGAUUCUCUUUGCUUAUUAUGAAUGAGUCUGACCCAGCAACCUCAGUAUCAUGGGGUUGCUUUGGUACCUGCUGACAGCCACAUCACACUGCUCACCCAGCCUUGUGCAUGCUGCAGUCACGUCGUUUAUGAGCACCUGAUUGCUCAAAAGUUGUAGUUCAUGAUGUCUCACUUACGACCAAGGAAAUGGGUAUGUUCUCUAAAGAGUAAAGCUGUUUCUAGAUAAGGAAGCUCUUUAUAAAUAGUCAUAUCAUCUUGAAAUUUCAUUAUCGGAAUUCCCCCAGAAGUUUCCAAAUAAGGGCUAUGCGUUAUGGCCAUAAAGUGUGCGGUGAAAUCUCUCUCUCGAUUGGAGAACCUGUGCUAAGAAUAAGUUGUGAUGUAAAGUAUUAAAAGGGAACUGUAAGGGCCUCCAGAACACAUCCUGAAAGAGUAAGUAAUAGCACAAUGCCUGAGGGCUAGGGGGUGAGAGAAGCAGAUUGAACUUUGGGAGAUAGCUCUGCGCUUUAGACCAUUAGGUACCUUACUGAAGUAUUUUUAUUGAUGUAGCAUCACUGUUUUAAACCUAUAGUACAGUAUUUCAUAAAUUUCAUCACUUUUUAAAAAUUUUAUUUGUUGAAACUUCAUGCUAGAAUCUUUAGGUUGGAAGCCUAUGGUUUCUUUAAAAAGUUUUCGUCUUAAAAGCUACAUAGUUUAAAUGUAUGAAAGGUAAUUAUCAAGAAAGAAUGAGUUUACUGUAUCUUUAAAAUUCAAUUUGACAUCCAUAUUAUGUAUGCAUUGAACCAGAAUAACCUAGGUUAUUAUAAUCUUGCCUAGGAUCUUUGCUUUUAUUCAUGUAUUUUGAAAGUUUCAAAGAAUUUUUUACUGAUUCUCAGAUAUUGUCUGCCAGCAGGGAAGUGUAACCUGUUUUAUGUGAAAUGUUCAAGAAGAUUUUAAAUUAUAGGAGGAAGUAAUUUUUGCACAUAUCUUUGCACAAAUAUUUUUUUUCCUGCCCUUCACUAAAUUCUAUCAUUAGGAUUAUUAAAGCUUUUGAAGGUGCCACUCUCCUUUGUAGGAAAAAGGCUAAUUACUGAUUUAUCUGCCCUUAAAAUCUGAGCAUUGAUUCUAAUUGAGUACUAGAUUAACAAUAGGUAGCUAGCAAAAAGAACUGAAAUUUAACCUCAGCAUGUUACUAGAUCUAGCUGUCAUAUUUGAUUUUAAUUUUUCAAAUUAGAGCAUUUACUUACUUUUACCAGUAACUAUAUAUAUAGCGCUUCCCUGGUGGCUCAGACUGUAAAGAAUAUGCCUGCAAUGAGGGAGACGCAAGUUUGAUCCCUGGGUUGGGAAGAUCCCUUGGAGAAGGGAAUGGCAACCCUCUCCAGUAUUCUUGCCUGGAGAAUGCCAUGGACAGAGGAGCCUGGCAGGCUACGUACACACACGUACAUAUAUGCACAUGUAUAUAUAUAAAGUCACUCUGGUGCUUAAUUAAUUAGGAUACAUCCUGUCAUGUAUUUUGAAUGUUUAUCCUACUAGUGUGAUGACUAUUGUCAUAAAAGCAGAACAGAAGAAACAGUUGUCCAAUCAUUUUCUUUUUUCCCCAAUCAUUUUCAUUUGACAGCGGAAAACCUUUUAACUGGCCCUCAGUGAAUUUCUCUAGUUAACAAAUUCUGAUUUUAAACUAUGCCCAUCAUUCUCUUAGCUGAAAAACAGUGGUGUGUUUAAACAGUUUUAUUCAUGCAGCUCCCUAAAUAUUCAACCUGACAGAAGGAAAUGAAAGUAGGUGUCCUUCUCAGACAGGUAUUUGAGGAGAGAUUUGGCCGAAGGCAGCAAGGGCCAUGUGAGCCAGGAUAGUGACCCCCCACACACACAACCCGGUGGCAAAAGCAGGGCCCAUUAUCACCUGCAGGUAUUGACUUCACUGUCUCCAGAAACAGUGAGAUUUUAGCACAGAAGGAACAGCAGUGGUGGAGGAUCACGUGCUGCUCUGAGAUGGUGACGUAUCACGGCUAGAAUCUCAGAGCCUCAGUUCAAGACUGAUUUAGGACUUUGUAAAUGAGUAAAUGCUCCUGGUAAUAGUUGCUCUGAGUCCAUGUGGUCUAGUGAUGCCAUUCUGAAAGUGUUGAUUUCUGGUACCAACCAGCUUAGCUUUGGUUGCUGGAAGCACAGUAGGUACUGAUGGUUAUUUCCUGGAAAUCUUGACAGGCUUAUUGUACUGUGUAACUGGGAAAAGUUAAAGUGUAAUGUUUGGUGUUAAUAAUUGACUAAUGUGAAAAUAGGAACAUGUGUCUAUAAUAUCAAAUAUGACUUUAUUUGCAGUGAAGUCUAAAUUCUUUGUCCUGUAGUAGUAUUUUCUUGCUCUGUGUUAUAGCUUUUCUUAAAUAUAUUAUUUCUGACAAUAUCACUAGACAAGUUUUACACACUUAGAAUAUGUUUGACUUUAAAAGAUCAAUCCAGAAACUGUGUUAAAGUCUUCAUCUGGAAUUACCAAAGUAAAUUAAAUAAAAUCAUGGUCUAGAAGAGAACAUACAUUCAUAAAUGGUUUUUUACCCCUACUACUCAUUUUGAAGCUGUAUUUACAUGCAGUCUCCAAUACUUAUAAAGUAUUUCAUUGUUUUUCUAGGUUCUUCUUUUAUUUAACUAGGAAAUUGUAGUUCAGAUUUUUCUUAAUGACAGAUGACAUGAGAGAUACAUUUUUUGCUUUAAAAAUGAUUUUUUUAAAGCAUUAUUUUGGUUAUCAUCUAUCUUAAUGCAGUUAGAUUCAACUUUUCUUUGCUCACCACUUCCAUAUUGUGAGUAUUUUUUAAAAAUGUGGCUCAGAUGGUAAAGAAUCUGCCUACAAUGCAGGAGACCCAGGUUCGAUCCCUGGGUUGGGAAGACCCCCUGGAGAAGGGCAUGGCUACCCACUCUAGUGUUCUUGCCUGGAGAAUCCCAUGAACAGAGGAGCCUGGUGGGCUACAGUCUUUGUAGCUGCAAAGAGUUGGACACAACUGAGGGACUAACACUUUCACUUUCACUGUUAAAAAUGUGCUCUAUCUCAGAUCACUUCCUGUAACUUAUUAUAAAGGUUGGUAAUUGUCAUUCCUCAGACUUCUGUAUGUUAAAUUGGCAACAGUAAAUUGUUUUAAUGUUGUUACCUUUAAAAUUUUGUACUGUAUUAACAUGCCUCAUGUUUUCAGGGGAAGUUUGAAAUAUCACUAAACAAUAGGAAUUUGCAUUUCACUGUGCAUGCAUUUUUUUCCCUCAUAAAAAUGGUUUCCAAAAAAAGUAACAUAUUGUCUGUUAGAUGGUCCCAAUCAGUUUCAAAGUACUCCUCUUACUCAAAACUACUCAAAAAUAAUUCAUGACAGCAUCAUUGUAACUCGUCUCAAAAGGUCUUUGUAAUGGUCAAAUUUGUCCAAUUCACAAAAGAGUGGGAGAGUUGUUUUCAAUAUUGUUAUUGUUGAGUCGCUACAUCGUGUCUAACUCUUUGUGACCCCAUGAACUGCAGUACCCCAGACUCUUUUGUCCUCCACUGUCUCCCAGAAUUUGCUAAAACUCAUGUCCAUUGAGUCAGUGAUGCCAUCCAACCAUCUCAUCCUCUGUUGUUCACUUCUCCUCCUGCCCUGAAUCUUUCCCAGCAUCAGGGUCUUUGCCAAUAAGUCAGCUCUUCGCAUCAGGUGGCCGAAGUAUUGAAGCUUCAUCAUCAGUCCUUCCAAUGAAUAUUCAAUAUUGAUUUCCUUUAGGAUUGACUGGUUUGAUCUCGUUGCAAUCCAAGGGACUCCCAAGAGUCUUCUCCAGCAUCACAGUUCAAAACCAUCAAUUCUUUGGCACUCAGCCUUCUUUAUUCUCAAUAUUUGGAAUUUUAAAACCUUCUGUCACUUUGCAUGGCACCAUCUUGGCCCCUGUGUGUCUGCUACUCCCAGAAUGUUCCAUGCCUUCUUUUCCAAUAGCAGUUACAAUCUUCAGUAUCACAGACCUGCCUGGCAGCUUGGAACCAUUCCCCAGCUCUGCCCAGUUCCCAUUUUACAGCAUCAGGGGCUGCCUGGAUAAGCCUCAGGCCCACUUGGGGCAGCAGAUGCUAGGUGUUAUUUGUCAGGAACUUUGCUAACCAUGUAAACCAUUGCUUCUCAGCCUUUUCCCUGAUGGCUCAGUGGUAAAGAACCUGCUGCCAAUGCAGGAGACACAAGAGAUGCAGGUUCGAUCCCCAGAUCCAGAAGAUCCCCUGAGUAGGACAUGGCAACCCACCCCAAUGUUCUUGUCUGAAAAAUUCCAUGGACAGAGGAACCUGGUCAACUCCAGUCCAUGGGGUCGCAAAGAGUCAGACAUGGUUUAAUGAGCACAGUACACCAAUCAUGUAUACUCUUGCCCACGUCUUUUGUGAGAUGUGGUUGGCACUAAAGGGCCAAUGAAAAAGAAUUUUUAAAACAUUCUGUUGAGGAUUUAGACUCACAAAUGUAAAAAAAGGAGCACUGUGCCCUCACCGGGUGAGUUCACAGCCCCUACAAUGUACUGAUCGUGAAGGUAAAUCCUGGAACAGCAGACCCGUAGCUACCCGUAAAGUAGAAGGACACUGAUUGUUUUAGGAGGGAGGUGGGGAAAACCCUUUCCUAUAAGAAAGAAUCACUUCUAAAGUAUAUUGAGUGUAACAUUUUUUUAAAUCCUGUAGCUAUUACACCCCACCCCUGGGAAACAGUGCUUAUGAGUUACAGUUGCUGUAACUAGUUUGAGCUGCUCUCCUAGGUCUCAAGGAAAUGAGGAUGGUGUUCAAGCAUCUGAAGUUACCAGAUGUUGAAAAUAACUUGGCCAUUUAUAGAUGAAAUCUCCAACAUUUGGAGUCAAUGGGUGAUUCAGUGACUGAGGGCCUCUGUUUCUAUACUCCGGAGGAUCCUGGCCUGGUUUAGUUUUCUUUUUUUUUUUAAACUUCACUCUCAUCAUGCUAAGGUAGUGUUUGACUUAAAAGAGAUCAUUCCAGAAACUGUGUUAAAUUGGAGUCUUCAUCUGGAAUUACCAAAGUAAAUGAAAUAAAAUCAUGGUCUAAAAUAUGUAUUCCAGUGUAAUUAUUUUCCAAAUUAACAGAACAGGUAUCUCUUCAUUUUCAUUAUACAUUUAAUUGUUGAAAGCCUACCUGCUAUACCUAUUAGGCACCCUUCACAGGAUAAUUAAGGCUAAAAGAGAGAGACCAGUUUUGGCCCCUGGAGCCUGCAUUUCAGAACCGGCUUGUUGUAAUGUCUGGUUUAAUUUUGUUUUGUUUGUUUUUUCACUCAGCAAGUGGGAAACCAUGAGUGUAAACAGACUCUUUCCUUUUCCUUUUUUAUGCUUAAGGAAAAAAAGAAAUGUAAUUUUAGCUCCCAUUUAGGUAGUAAAGGCUUCCCUGACAGACAGCGGUGCCUUUCCCUAGGCGAAGAGACUAGAACCAAAGGCUUUAGUCGGUCUUUGAACAUUCCUUUGACAAGUUUUUAUGUAUUUUUAAUGUGAAACCCAUAAAUGAACCUGGCAUGAUGAUCGUGACCCAGGCAGUAAGCUUGCUUGCUUUUUUCGCAUUCAUCUUUUUAAAUAUAAGCUUCCCUUGUUUUACCUGGAGCCAUACGAGAAACUGAAUUCCUGUGGGCCACGCCACGGCUGCCUCUUGAUGUCCUGGAAGCUUGGCAGCACUGUUGGCAGUGCUUGCCUCAGAGGGAGAAGUUCGUGGAAUGUGUUGGGAAAGUUGGAUUUUACAUCCAAGUCAACAAACGUUUGAAAGAGUCCUGUAUGCCUCAGAUUUUGACACUUUUUUUUAAAUUAUUUUUUUCUGAGUACUAACUACAUAUUUGAUUUGGGGUGGGGUGGAGUGGGGGGCUGGCAGAGCAGGGAUUAGAAAUAAAGUCUGAACUAAUGAUGUGGGCAUGACUUCCGGCCCCUGUGUAUGUGACCCUGGAAACUGUCUAAUUCCAACGCACUACCUACCACUCUGAGUCUCUUAAGGAGCACACUGUAAAUGUGUAUAAGACUGAGAAAGGUGAUGUUAAAGACAUAAAUUAUUGUUUAGGUGUUUUCUUCUUUGUAAACUCAGAAAUAAGCUUGUGGCUAGCAAGAGAUGGCUACUAAAGACAUAAUUUUGUAGGUUACUAGGAACAACCUUUCAAACAUGUUUCAUUCCAACUUUUUGUAAAACUGGGGAAAGAACCUCCUAGUAAUGAAAAAACAAAACCAAUAAGAAACUUCCAUAAACACUUUCUAAAAGAGCAUGAGUGCUAAGUCAUUCUCCAGGCCAGAAUACUGGAGUGGGUAGCCUUUCCCUUCUCUGGGGAAUCUUGGCAUCAGUCUCACAUCUGCCCUAGAGUGUUCGCUUCUUGCCUAUAGUAUUUCAACAAUUUUUAUGGGAGAAAAAAAUGCACAUUUUUUAUUUCUUGGAAAAAUGAAGUAUUGAAUUAAAUUCUCAGAGGGUCCAAUUUAGUUUAAAGAGAAGCAUUGGUUUUGAGACAAGCUCAUGGCUCUGUGGUCCGUUUCAGCAUUGAUUUUACUGUGUGACCUUGAGCAAAUGAUUAAUUACUCUGUGCCUCAGUUUCUCCAAAAUGGGGAUAAUGAUACCAACCAUUGCCUACCUCAUAGGGACGUUAUGGGGACAAUUGAGAUAAUAUAGAUAAAUACAAAUGCUUUGAACUCUGGAAGAAAGGUGCUAUAUAAAUUGAAAUUGUGUUGUUUUUAAUGAUCCAAUUGUUAUGUUUAGAGUUUAAAUAAUAGCAAUACUGUUAGUCAUGUUAAGAAUAAGUUUCAAUUUGAUGCAUAUUUACAAUUCUCUUCUGUGGCCAGAGAGCGAUCAUCAUCCAGUAAUGGUACUGAAAUUGUAUUUGUUUUCUGUGUGUUUCUGCCCAUAGUAUUUCUAUUCUGAAUGUUCCCAAAAGGCUGGAGUUUAACUUGUCAUAUCUUGUAGUUUACAUGUAAUGAAUCUUAUUCAAGCUGUAUAUAGAAGUAUAAUUACAUGUAAAUAGCAGGUACGUUGUAAUUAAAGGCAUUUAUCAAAUUGUCUUUGUUCUUUUUUAAUUGCAAUAAAGAUCAGUUUUAUAUAAAA